AUGAGUGUCUUGAAGAGCAAAGUUAAGAUCGCUUUGAUCCAAUUCGCCUGCGGAUUGCCCGAUAAAACUGUGAACUUCCAAAAUUGUCGGAAGUUCGUGGCCCGGGCUAUGAAGACUCAACCUGCAACGGAGCUAGUGGUUUUACCUGAAUGUUUCAAUUCCACGUAUUCCACCAGCGAAUUCCGCAAAAACGCUGAAGUUAUCGAACCAUCGUCCCCUUCGGUCAAGUUUUUGAGCGAUCUAGCUCGCGAACAUAAGAUCACGUUGGUGGGAGGAAGUAUCCCUGAACUAGAGCCCUCGAGCAACAGCGUUUUCAACACCUGCUUGAUUUUCGAUAAAACAGGUCAAUUGAUCGGUCGCCACCGCAAAGUGCACUUGUUUGACAUCGACAUCCCAGGCGGAAUCACGUUCAAAGAAAGUGACACAUUUACUGGCGGAAGCACAACCACAACGGUGAACACUCCAUUCGGCAAAGUGGGCGUGGGCAUUUGCUAUGAUAUGCGGUUCCCCGAAUUGGCGACUGUGAGCGCUAGAAAAGGUGCCUUUGCCAUGAUUUAUCCUAGUGCUUUCAACACCACAACGGGGCCUUUACACUGGCAUUUGUUGGCCAGAGCUCGCAGUGUCGAUAAUGAGCUUUACACCAUCCUGUGUAGCCCUGCAAGAAGUCCCGCUACUGAUUACCAGGCCUACGGUCACAGUUUGGUGGUAGAUCCACAAGGAAAUGUGAUUGCCGAAGCAGGGGAAGGCGAAGAUAUCGUGUAUGCUGAACUCGACCCUGAAAAGAUCCAACAAAUGCGCAACAACAUUCCAGUGACAACGCAAACGCGUUUCGACGUUUACCACGACGUGAGUAGCGACGCCAAAUAG